AACCAGCCUGCCGAGCUCUUCCGGAGGCGGAUUAUCCUCAUGUCUGUGCCAGUGCCUGCUUCUACCGAGAGGGAUUUGCUUCACUCCAUCUGCGAGCACCGGCCGUGAGCUAGACAGGCGAGGGAAACCAUCUUGUCACGGAUUCUUCACGUCUGGAUAUCAACGCACGUCGUUUAGAAUGUGACAGCUGUUGCCAUCGUCGCUGUCUGAUCAAGAUAUACGCAGACGUGUUUGCUGAAUUGCGGCCAUCAUGUCGUGUGGUUUGGCUUUAACUUUGGUUCUGGUGGCGCUGCGCGGGGUCACGGGCGAGCCCCCAACUCUUCCUUCGGCCAGCACGCGGGUCAACCUCACCACAUCAUCCGCCCUCACGGAGCGUCACGACGCUCGCAACGCCACCGACGUGUCCGUGGGCUCCAGGAUUUCUUCCCUGUUGACGCACCUGCCAACUCUGAAAGUCAUCGUCCUCUUCAUCUGCGUGUUGACAGCGGCGCUCGUCACGUGUCUGCUCAUCAAAGUGUACAGGUCUGGAAGGCGGAUCCGGAAAACGAGAAAGUAUGACAUCAUCACGACUCCAGCUGAGCGUGUGGAGAUGACGCCUCUCAAUGAGGACGAGGAGGAUGAAGAUGACUCCACUCUGUUUGAUGUCAAAUACAGGUCCGUUCACCCAUAAGUCAACAGCAUGCUUUCCGCUCCUGGUGGGGCUUUGCUAGCUCAUGAAGCGCCUCCAGUUGUGCCUCACUCCUGAAUAACAAGGAGAAGUAAGACCAUAGUUCAUCAGUAUUUUGCUCACGAAACGUCAUUUCCGACUCAAGCCGUGAACGUGGAUGGUGAGCUGAAUGUUUUGAGAGCUUCAGCUUUGACCCUCAGCUCGGUUCAGGCCCCAGUCCUGCUCCUCCUCCUGUUCUCGUGUCUGGCUUCACUGGCGCUGAAAUGUUGGUUUUCUGUCCCGCCCUUCCGCCCCCCCCCCCCUCCAUUGUUCCCGACCACUUCCUCGAAGAUAAAUCCUGUUUACCUGACAUUCUUGACUUCAAGUCACGUCGGAUUCCACUCCUCUCUCCUCACAGGUGAACCAUGGAAGUGCCAGGUCGCACCUACACACCACACAUAUUACCCGCUUGUCAGCGACCACAUGGACGGAUUUUUGCUGCUGCACUCAUGUGUUCAUCACAUGGUCGUCUUCUCAAACAGGAUGUGAAUUCUCCAAUGGACGUUUUGCCCGAGCUACUCUCAACACGUCAUUCCAAUCCCUCUAUAAACAUAGUGAUACAACUUUGCACACAAUGAAGUAAAAUUUGAUAUUUUUAAGAACAUUUUUAUACCAAAAAAUUUGAAUCUAUUGAUCAUUUUUCUUGUGUAGAGUUUCAGCGCUGAUGUUACGCUUUGUAUCUUUUCAACUUCUGUCAAUGUAGACGUGUCAAAUCCAGUGGUUUGUUAGCAAAGUGCUAUUAAACUGAUGCACCAUGA